UUUUCUCUACUUAACAUGGGUAUCAGUUUGCUAGGUUUUUAACCCCAUUUUUGCUUGAUCCUGUGUUUCGACCCAUCUCUCUUUGACGGGUUUUAACUGCUACGUCAUUUCUAGGUUCCCCCCCAAUUCGUGCGAGAGGGAUAGCUUCGAUCCAGCUCUUCAUCCUCAGUGGGAUCGCUGUAACGCGAUCGUUUUAUCUUGGAUCCUCAAUUCGGUCAGCAAAGAGCUCUCGGAAGGGAUUGUCUUUGCUUCCAGCGCCGCCCUUGUCUGGAAAGAUCUCAAGGAACGUUUGACAAAAUCGAUGGAUCUCGCAUUUUCUUUCUUCACCGUGAGAUUGUGACGUUUGUGCAAGGUGACCUUUCGAUUUCUUCCUAUUUCACGAAAAUGAAGUUGUUGUGGGAUGAAUUUGAUGCGUUAGUCCACUUUUCUUCCUGUGCAUGUCCUGAUUCUCAAACGAAUAUUUGACAUAUUCAUCAGCUGCGAUUAUUUCAAUUCCUUAUGGGUCUCAAUGAGACCUUUUCGAGUAUAAGAAGUCAAAUCUUGCUUUUACAGCCGUUACCUUGUGUGAAUCAUGCUUAUUCCAUGAUUUUGCAAGAGGAAUCCAAUCGAAUUAAUCUAGUAGGUCGAGGUCACAAGAAAGAUCAGUGUUAUUGGCUUAUUGGAUUUCCAUCUGACUUCAAGUUUACAAAGCGUAAACAGUCCUCUGCUGCUUUGGUAACUGAUGAAAAUACUUCUGUUGAUAGCGUACCUACUACUUCAGCUCAGUCUUUUACUCCAACACAGUACCAGCAGGUGUUGGCUCUUCUUCAGUCAACAUCAGUUCCAGCUCAGUCAGUUUCUACUGCAAAUAUGUCAGGAACACUCAAGUGGAAGGAUGAUGAAGAUUGGUAGAAUUUAGGGAGGCCUCUACACUCUUAAUUUGUCUUAUUCUGUUACUGAUUCAUGUGCCUUUACUAUUCCUAUUUUCAAUUCUUCUCAUUGUAUGUCUUCUGCUCAUAUUACUCUUGAUGUAUGUCAUGCUUGUUUAGGGCAUGUUUCUCUUAAUAAAAUGCACAAGCUUCCUUUCUUAACCACUGUUAAGUCCACUGGUCAUCAUAUUGAUUCUUGUUCUAUUUUUUCUCUUGCUAAACAAACUCGUCUACCAUUUCCCAUUAGUACUUCUAGAGCUGAAUCACCCUUUGAACUUAUCCAUAUGGAUCUUUGGCAGCCUUACCGUAUAUCCACUCACUUGGGACAACGUUAUUUUCUUAUGAUAGUUGAUGAUUU